GGAUCAUAUCUAUAUUCAAUAUACAAAACAUCAAAUUGAUGUUUUUAUUUAAACACGCUCAGCCAGCCAUGAAAACAUCAAACACAGCAUAGGUUAUUAUAACAUAAAUUUUUUUAAACAUAUAUUCAUUUUGCAAUGGUGAAAUUUGUGAAAACAUCACAGAAUAAUACUUUUGACCCACCUGCACACCCAAAACAUCGAUUUGACAUUUUGCAUGGCAACUUGAACAUGGAUGUGACCCUUAUGUUGGGUGCAUUUAAAGGCUGGUUUUCAUUAAUCAGCAACACUCACCAAUGUCGAUUCUGUUUAACUGCCUAUUGUAAUUCAUCAAUCAUCAUCGAAAAAUUUGUUUUGUUGCGACAGUCAGUGAUCUAACAUUCUGCAGCUGAGAUAUUGGGUGUACAAUUUUGAUGGUUUCUAUAUAUUUACUAUUAAAUUUUCGAAAUCUCGGCCGCGCAAUUUCCAAACUUUCCAGUCAGGAUGACCUCAAUCUGAGAACAUUGUAUCAAAUAAACGUCAAUAAUUCAUUAUUCAAAUAGUGUUGACAGAAAUAGAACUUCAUAAAAUUCAAGUUAACACUUACGGUCUUUUAAACGCGAUAUUUUCCUUGUGUCCAGGAGCUUUCUGUUUCACCGUACGUUGUGCAAAAGCUGGUACUGCAGGAGACGGAUGCAGUGCUGGUUGUUUUGGCUUGCUACUCACUGUAAAUCCUCCAAAACCAAUACCUCGCGGCUUCUCUUUUGAGCCUUUGUGGUACAUCUUACACAAAUAUUCCUUUCGACAAGUAUUGUUAAAUUCAAGUAGUGUUCAAAAAACAUGAAAUAAAUUGUAAUGAAAUCAUUGAAAUGUGUUCGAUUUGGAGUCCAUAUUGAAUCUCGGGUGCAGGAGUACAGGACUGGUAACUAGUAGUGAAGAAAACAAAAAUGGCCGACGCAAGCGAAGGAAAGAAAUUUAGAGGUACUGUACUAGUGUACUUUUUAUUCAUAUUCUAUUAACAUUAUCAACUAUAGUUACAGAUUCCUUUAGUACUAUACCUUACCUUUCAUUACCGUUGUUGUUUUUUAUGUGACUGAUGUAUUAAGGCAACUCAGAUAGUGCCUGCCAUUUUGGCAAUUUGCAUGGCGAAAUAGGCCAUGGGCCAGGGUGCAUUCCAUGCACGUUUUGCGGAAGAUCUUCGGCGUGAGUUUUGAAUUGCUGGCGCACAAUCACGUCGAGGUUGGCGCACAAGUUUUCAGUUUUGGUGGUUGGCGCGCAUCAAAUGUUUAAGCGAGACUUUAAUAAUCGCCUGGUGAUUGGAUUGGCCUCUAUAAUUCUUUAGGGACUCGAGAAAUUUGUGUUCCUGGUUGCAUAGUUAAUAGAAUAGAUGGUUUGGAAACUCAUUAGUAUAACAAUACAACUCAUUAUCUAUGUUAGUCAACGUUUAUUCGUAAAUACGGCCCUUCACCGUCACGUGUGUAUUGUAUCUUUGCCAAAUCCACCAAUAGCAAUUUCCAAUUUACCCUAUUGUUCGAGUCACGGAUAGGUAACUCUCCUAAAACAUUGCUAUUGGUUAAUUUGACAAAAAUGAAGUGUUGGUGAAGGACCAGAUUUAUGAAUAAACGUUCACUAACAUAGAUAAUGCGUUAUAUUGUUAUUCUAAUGAGUUUCCAAACCAUCUAUUCUAUUAACUAUGCUGGUUGUAAUAGUAUAGCUAAAUGGUGGUUAUAUGUGGCGGAAACUAGGGGGGCAAUCGCCCCCCCCCCCAAAAAAAAAAAAAUUUUACUAGAAUUAUAUUUAGCUAGAUUUCAUUUUGAAAAAUGAAAGCACAAUAUAAGGAAGCAUUAUUUGUUACAAUAACAACAACAACAACGAAAUGGCAAGUUUUAAUAAAAACAAGCUAAAAACAAGCUAAAGUAUUCUAAAUUUAUAAUCUGACAAGUCACACAAUGAGCGUUAUGAAUUCUGAAAAAAAGUAAAAUUAAAUUAGUUUUGCGACUACAGGUUAAAAGGUGGUGAAUUUUGGCUAAAACAGUGGCUUCUACAGUUAGUUGUCAUUGCAUGUACCAAAUUUGAGGAACGUAACUAAAAAUUCAGCACGCAGUGACAAUUUUUCUGAAACAGGAAUCUAUCAUAUGAUGUAACCAUAAUCGUGUCCAGUUACGUCAGUAUAUAUAGGCCCUAAAUUUAUGAUAUACAUGCAUAUAUCAUAUGAGUAUCUUCCGAGUGUUCAUAAAACAAUAGCAAUUAAUUGUAUCAAAUUUACAACGGACUAUACAGUAUCCAUAGGUAGGAAUGUUCAGGUGUUCUUUCACUUCUCUGGUUUAAAUAUUAGUAUUACGUACUGCAAGUUCAGGUUACCGCGGUCGUUGCAACAGUUGUGUGAUAACGCUUCUAGGCAGGUCGAUUGACGUUGCUAUGGUGUCGUUUGUGCAAUAAAAAUCUCAUCACCAUAUAAGGUAAUAGGACUGUUCAAUAAUGAACAAUAGAACUGCGCAUAGAUUGAUGAAAUUUUGAUACAGCGGAUUUUGAUUUAACGUUUCCAAGGUCACGCACUUAGCGAAUAAAUUUUACAUUGCCAUUGGUUAUUAAUUAAACCACCUUGCAAUUCCAUUCACAAAUGUAUUUUUGAAAUCAUCUACAAUAUUUUCUCUGAAACGUCGUUUUUUUAUGCUUAGCACAUGAUUUAUACCAGAAUGCACCAUUAACUAAUGUUUUGAAAACCUGGAAUUUCUUACAAAAUGUGCUCUCAGAAUGCUACAAAUGCCAUUUCAGGGAUCCAAAUUUUAAAAAUUUUCUGGGGGGCAUGUCCCCAGACCCCCCCUACAAAUUUCGUGCCUUCGGCACUCGCCCCCCCCAAAAAAAAAAAAAAAUUCGCAAAGUUUCCGCCACUGCUGAGUGAGUGAGGUUAACUUGUGAUACAACAGUAACAACACUCAUCAUUGCUCGUCAGCAAAACAUUUUAUUCAUCAGUUACACGCCUUUUUAGCAAGUUUAAAUUUUAAGCAACUAACUAUUAAUGAAAAUCAUGGUGCCUGCGAUCAGCCGGCGCAUAAGUUGACCUCACUUGGCGCACGGUAACACUACCUCAGAUUAUCUUCGGCGUGAGGUUUACACGGAAUGCACCCUGGGCCAUGGGCCCACGGGCUACAUAUAAAUAUUACUUGUUUAUGUAUGAUAUUUGUGAUGUUACUCUGAGUGUGUAUCCACACCGGGCGAGCUUGAAAAAUAUGCCCGGCCACGGUGGGAUUCGAACCUACGACCUUUGGAAUACUAGCCCAAUGCUCUUCCAACUGAGCUAUGCGGUCAGGACGGUUCGAGUUCAAGCUCGCCCGGUGUGGAUACACACUCAGAGUAACAUCACAAAUAUCAUAUUCACCUGAGUACACAACACCAACACAGAAAAAAUCAUAUUACAAGAUUUCACUGGUAUCGAAGAAACUAGAUUCUGUUCCGAAAUAUCACUUACUCGAACCCCAGACCUUCCCCCCUCCAGACAGUGUGAGGAAUUUGUACGUUUACUUGCCCCCAUGGCCAGGCAUUUGCAGUUGUGCGUUCACUCCAGGGCCAUAGAUUAAGUAAGGACAGAUGUGUAACUUCAGUAAAAAAGUUGUCCCAUGGUCGCCAUCUUCCUUACAAGUGUCGUUCGCGUGAUUAUUCGUCAUUUGGUAGUGCGUCAUUGCCUUCAAAAAUGUUUUCAACACCUUUUCUACAACUUUAAUUGCUUUUAACAACUUUAAACAUUCAACAAAUGAUGCUCUUUCAAGAUUGUUUAAUCCAUAAAUUUCGAUCCAAGAAAGCCGCAAUAAAAUGCAAAUGUUCAUGUUUUCCAGGACGCAGUGCCGGAUUAACCAUAUGGCAGAAGCGGCAUAUGCCACGGGUCCCGCGCUUUUGGGGGCCCCGCUUACUCUCUUCUAUUUUUUCCAAAUUUUUUUGUUCCAUGUUUCAGUGCGAGACCCAAACAGUGCGGGGCCCUAAAGAGCCCAAGUCCCCCAGAAAACACGAGGGCCCCAAAAUUUAAAAAGCGAGGCCCCAUCAAGCUGGACCCAAACGUUUUUUUUUGUUCCCUGUUUCAGUGUUUCAGCGCGGGGCCCCAAAGAGCCCAAGGUCCUCAGAAAACGUCAGGCCCCAAAAUUUAAAAAUAGAGGUCCUAAAUAGCCGGACCCGAAACGGUUUGUUUGUUUCCUGUUUCAGCGCAGGAUCCAAACAGCGCGGGGCCCCAAAGAGUCCAAGGCCCCUAAAAGCGAAGCCCCCAAAUAAAAAAACACGAGGCCCCAAAGUUUAAAAAGCGAGGCUCCAAAAGCAGGGCCGCAAACCGAUUUUUUUUUUCUCCUUCUCUGGGCAAGGGGCUCCAAAGAGCGAAGCCAAAAAUAUCAUGGGGGUCAGAAAAUAUCAAAAUUUGCAGCAAACUGUUAAUUAAUACUAAAAGAUUGCUGAAUUUUGUGGAAGACGGCAGAAGUUCAUAUGGACAGUAUCAUGUUUAGCUAUUUUACCCCUGUAAGUAAUAAUAAUGUUAAUUGAGUUAAUGGUAUAAACUGGGUUGAAAUUCAGUUCGAUCAAAUUAUUGAUGUAUAAUUAGUUUUGUUUGUAAAUACACAGGAAACCUUUCAACGCAUGAAAUACAAGAGGAUAUUUUUUAAUCUUACUGAAUUCAGAGUCUAAAAUGCCGUUGGAAGGUUGGGGGGGGGGGGUAAAGGGGCCCCGCGCUGAUAAUAUGCCAGGGGCCCCGCGGAACGUUAAUCCGGCCCUGCCAGGACGCCAUCUUCCUAGCAAGUGCAAUGGCGUGAGCAUGACGUGUACAUCUAGGGAAAUUUGAGGACACAAAGUCCUAUUAAGUUACACAUCAGGUAUAUACUUCAGCUGUGCCAGGGCUGAGCGAUAAAUUUCAUCGACAGCGUGUCACUCUCCAAUCUAUCCCUGACUGGAAAGUUUGGAAAUUGUACACUCAAGAUUCCAAAAAUUGAAUAACAAAUAUAUAGAAAGCAUCAAAAUUGCGUGCCGGAUAUCUUGUUGCGUGAUAUAAACUUUCCUCACUGGAUUACUGCAAGGCAUUUGUUGCUAGUUAAUGGAGAAAAGAUGUUAAAAUUUAAGUUGCUUGAAUAUACAGGCGUACAAGAAAGGGGGCAGGGGGGGAUAUAUAUAUAUAAAAAUAUGUUAAAUUCCGGUUAUUUAAUUACAAUCUUCCAUCAAAAUUCGGGCCAACUUUCAACUGCCCCCCCCCCCCCAAAGCAUCAGCUUCAUACGCCUAUGUUUGAAUAAAGAUGGCACAACACAUGUGUAAGCAUCAAGUUUCAGUAAAUUCCCACUCACAAUUUUGCAUAAAAAUUGAGUGGUUAAAUAAAACAUUUUACAAUGAACUCACAAUGUUACACGUUUUCCAAAUGGGCAACAAACAUUUGGGCCAAUGUUCAAAAAUUGGAGGAACAUAUAAAUCCUAAAGGUGGAAUAAUGGGAUUUCAACCAACCACUUCAAAUCAGAUGGUACAAUAUUUGCUCAUUUUUUAUUGCAAUGAUUGAAUAAAGGUGCCCAAUAACAUAUCAAAGUUGGAUUAUCUUUUCUUUAUACCCUGUAUCAAAAUUCACCACUGCACUGAAUGUAUGUUUAUUUCCAAAUGAUUGAUUAGAAAUGAAGAUAUCUAAGAAGGAAUUAGCUGAUGCAAAAGUUCCUCUUCAUUUACGAGACUACUGUGCUCAUCUUGUUGUUCCAUUAUUGGAGUGUCAAAAGAAAAAUUAUUAUGUACCAUGGAAGUGUAAACAUGAACGCCAUGAUUGGGAAGUGUGCGAAUAUACUGAGUAAGUGGAUUUGAUUUGAUGACUGCGGCAAUUAAAGUUAUAAAUUAAAUACCCUCUGCUCCUCUUACCCACAUGGUGAAAUUUGGGGCCCUAAGUUACAUAAUUAUGUGCUCCUUAAGAGUUUGAUUUCCAUAUUCUUGCACUUUAGGACAUUAGGACAAUAGCAAGAUUAUUCAGGGAGUACAGGGGCAUUGUCCCCUGGGAAAAUUAUUUGAAAUUUAGAGUCUCUAGAAUAGCAUUCCUGCAUUCUGGGAGAAUAUUUAACUGUGGUUUCUAUGCAUAUUUUACUUUAUCCUUAUUUGGGGCCGCCUUUAAUCGGGGGCAAAUCCCCCCCCCCCCCCUCUCUGCCACUGUUGUUUGGGUGUCCAAAAAUUGCAUUAUUGGCAUUUCAAAAAUUGUUAUUUCCUUUAAGAAUCAUGCAUAAAAUAUGAAUCUUUUCUUCACAAGUUUACGUGUAGGUAGUUUUAAUAUUAUGCGAGCCAGGGUGCUAACCAUGUGAGCCAAGGUGCGAGCCAUGCAAAUUGUAUUUAAAAUUAUUUAAAAUAGUUAACGAGUGAAAUGGGAGACUGUCGAUUAGUAAAAAAUACACAAAAUUCAGAAACGAACUAUAAUCAAGAACCCAAUUUCAAUUACAGGAAUAUUAUAACUCAAAUAAGUCAAUUACAAAUUACAAGAUGUUUUAAGAUCUAAUGGACAACUUGCCUGUUAGACUAAAUUUUGUAAAAAUUCCGAAAUUUGCGCUGUAUAUUUUUGCCAAUGUACGUCUUUUCUUAUUUGUUUGAUACAGAAGAAUUCUUGUACAGUUUAGUCCACUUUCAGCUGGCUGGAAAACCUUUUUCUGUUGUGGCUUGAUUCAAAUGAGGGAAUAAAUUCGUCUAAUUCCUAUGUGACUUACGCCAACCUCGUACCCAGGCUCUCUUCUCUAUACUCCCUGCUGGAGGAAGAGACCCUGGUGAAUGCUGGUCACGUGGCUCCAGAUUUUGGGAGCCACAAAUAUGUUCCCUGGGAGGGGUGGUACUUUUCAAUGUAUGUAAUUUGAGCUCGUAGUCUAGUAAAAUCUGGGAGCCACGUGACCAGCAUUUACCAAGGUCUCUUCCUCCAGCGAGGAGCGUAGAGAAGAGAGCCUGGGUAUGAGGUUGGACUUACGCAUGCACAUCCUAGCAUUAUUCAGUUAAUAUAUAUUACUACAAGUAAUAUUAUUGUUUCUCGUCCAACUUGGAAAAAACAUGCUCAAGUGAGUUUUUCAAAGACUAUCAAAAUCGCACCAGUCCAGAGGACAAGUGCUUGUUUUUCAAAUUGCACGAAUGAACUGAAUAAUGAUAGGACAUGCAUGCAUAAGUCACAUAGGAAUUAGACGAAUUUAUUCCCUUAUUUGAAUCAAGCCACAACAGAAAAAGUUUUUCCAGCCAGCUGAAAGUGGACUAAACUGUACAAGAAUUCUUCUGUAUCAAACAAAUAAGAAAAGACGUACAUUGCCAAAAAAGAUAUAUACUACAAAUUUCGGAAAUUUCUUCUUUUGGCACUGUAGCUAUUUGGGAAAAAAUGCACUCCUCUUAGCCAAUCGGAAUCAAGACAUUUUUCGUGUAUGUUAUUAAAUUAAUCGUUUCUUUAUUGCACAUGUCUCACAUUGCGUGGCUCGCACUGAUCUGUGGUGGCGCAACAUCGACAUGACUCCCUGGCUCGCACUUUGUGUACACCCGAUACUGUUUUGUGUGCCUAAGACCAAAAAAAUUAUUUGAAAAUGUACCUGCAAAUGGACAACUUGCAUGUUAGACUAAAUGUUAAUCUAAGUAAAGAGAAGGGAAUAAAACACAACAGUUAAAAAGAACAUAAUGAAAUUAGUAAAAUUGCAAAAUGUGGUUGCGAAAUGUUGUAAAAUACAGAAAAUAUAGCCUUGCGAAGUUUGCAUAUUUUCAGUAUAUUUGUAUUACGUGCGGAAAUUGUUACCACUUUCGGCUCAAAAAUGGUAACAAUUUCCGCACGUAAUACAAACAUACUGAAAAUACGCAAACUUCGCAAGGCUAUAUUUUCUGUAUUUUACAACAUUUCGUAACCAAAUUUUGCAAUUUUACUGAUUUUAAUAAGUUCUUUAUGGGAAUUUACUUUUUUUUGCCUAAAUCAAAAAUUCGUCUAACAUGCAAGUUGUCUAUUGUCUGCUUGAGAAAAGCGAAAUCAAGAUGUGAUGAGCCAUGAAUAGAGAGCUCAAGAUAUGGUAAUUCAACUAUACGCGCACGUGACACAGAACAUACGCUAAAUUGACACUUUUCAGAAACACGGAUAAAAAACAAUAAAUUAUUUUUGUAAACAAACACGGAUACAAAAUUUGGAUACAGAUGAAAAACAGAUUUAAACUGGUGGCAAAUUCAAAAGUGAAACAUAAUAACUGUUUUUGGUCACGUCCAUGUACUAAAUUAAGCAGUUCAGUCCUUUACGACUUCACACAUUUUCCAAUUAUAUAAUAACUAGAAGUUACUAUCGCAAGGAAAAUGCUGCCUCGCCCCCAAGGGAUGAAAGGCAGAAUGCGCAAUUUGUUGAAUAAGGGGCUGUUUGUAUGAUCUCGCUUUGCCGGGACGAGAUAUGAGGCAGGAUGAUUUCAAUAUAUUGAAACCUGUUCAGUCCUUUAUGACUUCACACAUUUUCCAAUUAUAUAAUAAUGACAUAUACAAGUUUUAUUGACCGUAAAAUAUUUACAAUGAAACUAUUAAAAACAAAUGUAUAUGUAUAUAUAUUACAAAAAUAAUUUAAAAUUGAGUUCCACUCAAACAUACUUAAAGUUAAAUUUCAGGUGUGAAAAAAAGUACAAACUGCGUUUAAAAAGUAUUUAGUUGGUCUUAAUUUUUGCAUAUUAUAUAAUAAUAACGUAAUAAUAAUAAUUAUUAUAUUUAUCCAGGAUAUUAUCACUACAAUCAAUAAUAACGACUAAAGUAAACCAGAAUCUAGUGGUCAUACUCUAGAAAUUUUAAUUAACUUGCAAAUACGCCAAUUUCUCGAACUAAUUUGCAAAAUUUGUGUAAAGUAUAGAGGCCUUUUAAGAUCGAAAUCGCAAACAGAGGUAUUUUAAGGUCGAAAUCUGUCGAGAAAAUCUUAUUUACAACAAUAUAUUCUAGUGAACAGAGAGCAAUAACACUACGCUUAGGCGAGCCAGCCCAGGUAAUUGCGUUUAUAUAUAUGGAAAAUUCCCAGCCCUGUCUCCGGAGAUCUCAUGUCAGUUGAGGCGGGAUCUCACUCAGGAAGGCAAGCUCGCUUUUUAAUUAAACACCAAAUGAAAUUUAGUAGGAAAUCAUAACAAUCUCGCUUAAACUGGGCCAGUUCGGGUACCUGUGCUGGCUCGCCCCAUAUAAACAGACCCUAAUUUGCUCUGUUUUGUUUGUUUCAGCUUUCUAAUGCGACAAAGAGAAUAUAAGAAGCAAGCUAGCAAGUAGAUGCCAAUUUGACAUUCAGCGAACAGGACACUCUUGCUACCUUGAGAAAAAUACAAAUUUAAUUCCAAGUACAGUACAGGAUAGUCUUCAGUUUAUUUGUUAACUGUAUAUUUUUGUUAUUUACUGUGAAUAUUAAAAGCUUAUAUGAGUGAAGUUAACUGGGUUUUUUCUCUACACAAGGACCAGCUGCGAGAGAGACUGGUUUUCGGACAUACCAAUUUUUCACUAACUUUCGAACUUACGAGUAACGUAC